AUGAAUCAAAAACGAAGCCGUAGCCCCACUGGAAGCAAGUAGGUGUUCCCCAAGUUAUUUGUUCCUCUUCCAAGCCCCAUACGAGACUAGCUUAGGAGAUUUGGCAAAUAGUUUCCUCCUAAAACACUCUGCUUCUGCUCCUGGAUUUGUCUUGAGAUCCAAAUUAUCAUAAUACGAGGCAAUGCUAACUCUGAGUUCCCCCACAGCCGCAGUCGAUCUGGCACUCCCGGACUGACAGGUAGCACCUUGGUCAAUUCUCCUGUGGGGGGCAGUCCACGUUUAGACAACCGAGACCCUAUCCCACCUGGGGCAGUCAACCGAAGAGACCAUCGCGCAGCUCCUGGCUUCGAUCGACGUCUCCAGACUCACGGUCGGGGCAGCAACGAAUCUAGUGACAAUUCCAGGUCUCCCAGCCCUGACAGAAUUUCAGUCGGUAGCAGUUUCGUAAUAGAUGCUCGUGGAAGUACCAGAGCCGGAUCAGGAUCAGGUGUCACGGAUGGGCCAUCUCAUCGCUAUUCCUCCCCUACUGAGCACGAAUCCACGGGACACCGCGUUGAGGGAUUUCUUACUUCACAACGACAAUAUGAUCAGGCAAAUCCUGGUCCUCGAAGGGGUCGAUCCAUUGGUACUAAUAGCCCUGUUCCAAGUGAAUCUCGCGCUGAAGAUAGUUCUGGAGUUGGUCAACCCAGAUCUCCCAGUUCUUCGUGGGUAACUGGUGACAUCAAGAGGACAAGACGUUAG